AUGGGUCAGACACAGUCCAACCCCGUGAGAGAUCGCAGCGGUAAGGAAGUGGGUUCUCGCAACAGAGAGCUGGCAAAGAAGGAAGCAGGCCUACGCCGGGACCUCUCUCAGCAGUCGCAGACCGCCUGGGCGCAAAAUAACAAAGCCAAAGCCAAGGAACUCUCCAACGCCUCCAAAGUACACCAAACCCGCAUGGAAGCCUACAACGCCCUCGCCGCCGCCGAGAUCUUCCGCGCCAACAACCCCAUCUACCACCACAGCACCCGCAGCGGCGCCUCCUUCCUCUUUGGCCUCUUCUCAGGGACCUCCGUGGCCUCGGCGCUCGCGGAGAUCGACCUUCAUGGGCUGCACGUCACGGAGGCGCUGCCGAUGGUGCAGGAGCAUCUCAGGCUGUGCCGCAGUAAUGGCGUGGGGAGGACGACCAUUAUCACCGGAAAGGGCCUGCAUAGUGUGGAUAAGGUUGCGAAGAUUCGCCCACAGGUGGAGAAGAUGCUGGCGGAGGAGAGGGUCAAGGUGGUGAGGGAGGCGGGGAAGGUGAAUGAGGGGGCGUUUGUGGUGGAGUUUGCGGAGGAGGGGGAGGAGGUGGGGUGGGCGGGGUGGUUUCUGGCUGGGUUGUUUGGGCAGAAGGCCUAG